AUGGCUUCUGCGAGUGCUGACGAGGGAAACUGUCUUGCCUAUGCUGCAAGAGAUCCGUCUGGAUUCUUGUCUCCUUACACAUUUAACCGCAGGUCCAUCAGGGAUGAAGAUGUUUUAUUAGAUAUCGCAUACUGUGGAAUAUGUUACGCGGAUGUAGUUUGGACGAGGAAUCACAUGGGAGAUUCGAAGUAUCCUUUAGUCCCUGGACACGAGAUCACUGGGGUUGUAAAAGAAGUUGGCUCCAAGGUAUCAAAAUUUAAACCCGGAGACCAUGUAGGAGUAGGAACCCGGGUUGACUCUUGCCGGGAGUGUGAGUACUGUCAUGAGAGACUCGAGGUCCACUGUGCCAAGGGAAAAGUCAUUACUUUUAAUGGUAUAGACUCUGAUGGUACAGUGACAAAAGGGGGAUACUCUAGUUUCAUUGUUGUUCAUGAAAGGCAUUGCUAUUCAAUACCUGAUGGCUACCCGCUAGAGUUAGCAGCACCUUUGUUAUGCGCCGGGAUCACUGUUUACACCCCAAUGAUGCGACACAACAUGAAUCAGCCCGGUAAGUCAUUGGGUGUCAUUGGAUUAGGAGGUCUAGGACACUUGGCAGUGAAAUUCGGGAAGGCCUUGGGUUUGAAAGUCACAAUUUUCAGCACUAGUGAAUCCAAAAGAGAGGAGGCAUUGAGUCAUCUUGGAGCAGAUGAUUUUGUGGUCGUGUCUGAUGAACAGGAGAUGAAUGCACUUUCCAAGUCAUUGGACUUCAUUCUUAACACUGCUUCUGGCAAUAUCACAUUUGAUCCAUACCUUAAAACCUUGAAAACUGGUGGUGUUCUUGUGACAGUCGGCUUCCCGCGAGAGAUAAACAUUAGCCUAGUAAAUUUAAUACCAGAGGCGAGAACUAUAUCAGGAAGUGCCACUGGUGGAACAAAACAGACUCAAGAAAUGUUAGACUUCUGUGCUGCUAACAAGAUAUACCCUCAAGUUGAAAUAGUUCCAAUCCAAUACUGCAAUGAGGCCAUUGAUAGGGUAACCAAGAAGGAUGUGAAGUAUCGUUUUGUGAUUGAUGUUGCAAACUCCCUCAAGUGA